CAUUAGAGUUGGGGCUUCCCUACUGCUCAGUUGCUAACUUUCUAAGAAGAUGAGACUUUUAAUCGUUGUUUUCGCAUUCAUCGCAACUGUGACUGCUGAUAUCAGUCCUUCGCCUUCAAAUGAGUAUUUGCCACCCAUUCAAGACGUUGCAAAAGUUGAAGCUUCUGUCUCCAAUUCGAUCCCAGAUGUUGCUUUACCUGCUUCUGCUUACGUAACACUUCCAGUUGAAGCUACCCCAGCUCAUGUUUUGGCCGAUGACGGUUACCGUUAUAAGACACACCGUCGUGUGGUAUAUCGUCGCAACCGUCGCGAUGUGAGCCAUUUGCCUUCCAACGAAUACUUGCCACCAGUUCAGGGAGCACCAGUUGCUGCACCAUCAAACGAAUACUUGCCACCUUAUCGUUAUAAAACACACCGUCGUGUUGUAUAUCGUCGCAAUCGUCGUGAUGUGAGCCAUUUGCCUUCCAACGAAUACUUGCCACCAGUUCAGGGAGCACCAGUUGCUGCACCAUCAAAUGAUUACUUACCACCUGUUCAACAGGCGGCACCAGCUCCAGCCCUUGUUGAAGUUACCCCUGCUCAUGUUUUGUCUGAUGAUGGAUAUCGUUACAAAACCCAUCGUCGCGUCAUUUACCGUCGUCACACCGCUGAUGUUAGCCACAUAAGCAAUGAAUACCUUCCACCAACUUAUGCUGCUGCUGCUUCCGCUCCAGUACAGACUUAUAGUGCUCCACUAUCGGCUCCUUCUUACAACGUUCCAGAACAAAGCUUUGAUCUUGCUGCUCCCAGUGUCUUAGUAGAACCAGAAUAUGCAGCCUCGGAACCAGUUGCUUCGCAUAGUUUCUCCUCAUCGGACGGUUACCGGUACAAAACUCAAAGGCGUGUAGUAUACCGUCAUCGUCAACGUCGUGGUGCUCUUUCAAGCGAAUAUUUGCCUCCAGCAGCUUCAUCACCUUCCGUUGAAUACUUGUCUCCAGAUGCAUCUCCUGCAGUUUCUUCUUAUUCUGCUGCCCCAUCAUAUCAAUCGGAAACAUAUGCGCCUGCUGCAUCUUACCAGUCUGAGUCAUAUGCUGAACCUUCUUAUGCAGAAUCUGCUCCCGCCCAUACCUUUUCUUCUAAUGAUGGUUAUCGUUACAAAACUGCUCGUCGUCGCGUAUACCGUCGUCGCCGAUACUAAAUCAGAAAUAUAUGAAAAACAUUGACGUAAACGAAGACAACUAAUAAUAAAUAAUCC